AUUUCCGGUAUUUUUCUACUAAAAUAAAAGUCACUUCAGCUCGUCCGUGUGUCAAUGUUUAUAUCUCGCCUGGUACAAAAAUUGUGCCAUUCAAGUUUAACAAGAUGUGUUGUAAAUGAAUUAUUUGUCAGUAUCGUAAUAUAAUACGAUGUUGACUUAAUAUAAAUGUUUUUUAUAAAUGUGACGGACUUUUAUUUUAAAAACAAACUACCGUAAGCGUUGCUGAAAUAACGGAAGUUUAGAGAGCAUGCUUUUGAGCGUCUUAGAUGUCCGCACUACUAGGUGAGAACCAUUUGAAAAGUACCAAGAAACGUCUGGUCGUACAGUUAGUGAAAUAGAGCGUUACUAUACAAGACGCUGCUUGAUAGCUAAAUGCGGAGCACGAACGCCUUCAGUAACGGUUGCAGUAUGGUUGCUGACAUAUUUUUCUGCGACGGAAAUUCUAAUGAAGAUAGAAGGAUUCACUGCUUGCUUUCAAGAGCAUUUGUACAAGAUCGAGAAUUGUACCGAUCUGCAGGCUUGAAGUCAGCCUGUUCCAGCGCGACCUGCACUGACAAUGGAUGUGACGGACCUCUUGACCUGGAAGUCGAGACGCCUGUGGUGGAGGCCCAGGAACACUGGGAUGAGGAGACCUGCCUUAUGGCUAGUAUGGGACUUCCUGUGGAGUUCAGGAGCUCCUCUUCACAGAAGUCAAAGGUGACUAACAAGGGCCACUGUAAAGGGGCAAAGCCCAAGAAAUACUGGGGGACUGAGUCUGACAAUGAAAAGGAUCAGAGCCCCAUGUCUGACAAAGCCAGCGCCGGACAGACCCACGUGUCUGAGGAGGCUGGGGCCGGACAGACCCACGUGUCUGAGGAGGGCGGGGCCGGACAGAGCCAGGUGUCUGAGGAGGCCGGGGCCGGACAGAGCCACGUGUCUGAGGAGGGCGGGGCCGGACAGAGCCACGUGUCUGAGGAGGCCGGGGCCGGACAGAGCCACGUGUCUGAGGAGGCCGGGGCCGGACAGAGCCACGUGUCUGAGGAGGCCGGGGCCGGACAGAGCCACGUGUCUGAGGAGGGCGGGGCCGGAAUGAGCCAAGUGUCUGAGGAGGGCGGGGCCGGAAUGAGCCGCGUGUCUGAGGAGGGCGGGGCCGGAUUGAGCCGCGUGUCUGAGGAGGGCGGGGCCGGAUUGAGCCGCAUGUCUGAGGAGGGCGGGGCUGGAAUGAGCGACAUGAUAGAGACCUGCGAGUUCCUGGAGGCAGGAGCUAAAGGUCCCGAGUCAGCAGCUGGCUGGGAAGAGUACUGGUCUCACCAGGGGGAGGGUCUGCUUUGGUCAGCAUGGCUGGAGAAACAUCCGGAAUAUUGCGAUGGUCAGCUAAUGGUGCCUUGGCACUGCCCAGAUCGACAGGAAGCGUGGACGCAGCACUUCAAUGAGACAUAUUACAACUACUGGGACCAGUUUCACUACUGGGCUUCACAGGGGUGGACAGUGGAUGAGGCGAGCUGUGAGGGUGUGGAAUGCAACACACAGAGGGAGGGGCAGGAAGUGAGGCUGGAGCCCACUUCCUGUUACCCUUCAAAUACAAAUAGCCAGGUGGUAGAAGCUGAAAUUUCAGAUCUGAUGACACGUCUUGACCUUCAGUCGGAGGGCCCGGGACGGGGAGACGGCGGCCUGGUGGGGGCGCUGUGUUUCUCUGGCGAUGAGCCAUGCGAUGGAGGCGCUCGCAAAGGAGGAGGUUCACGCGGCGAGGGUGCAUGUUCUCCCGGACCCAGUGGGACCCCCGGUGAUGUGGCAAAGGGCCCCUCCCCCAUGGAGAGAGGCUCGUCCGGCAGUGACGGAGAAGGGGGCGACCCGCCAGAGAGGCGCCAAGCCAAGCUUAAGCGGAGCCAUGAGCUGGACGCGGAGGAGCUGGCUGUGCUGUCUGUGAACGAUGCCUGGGAGAAGCUGGGGUUGAGGUGCGGCCAGAACUCCAGAUUCGACAGGGUGCUGAAAUUGAAGCGUGGCCACGCCGACCGUCUUCAGCGGAGACGAGGGGCUAAGUCCCGGCCUGCAGGAGGCGGUGUCACGCCUGGCAGCAAGCACGUCUUUUUCACGGAGGACGGUGACAUCAUCACUCCCGGGGGGGGUAAAACCUUACAGAAAGUAAGGGUCAGCUUUCCGGAAUGGGCCCCCAGUGGAACUGGGGUUAAGAGAAAUGAAGGAUGCGGCUGGUGCUGCUGUUAGACCUUUGAACGGCUACCUGACCUGAGUUCCUAAGGGUGUAAUUGAAAGUCACGUUCCUCGUCUUACCUUCAGGUCCAAAACUUCCUGGCACAGGUUCGGGGCAAGACAGACCUCAGCCCGGCAGCCACAGAAGUUUCCGGUGGGCCUGCCUCUGAAGAGCGUGCCCCUGAGGAAGAGGAGGCAGG